AUGUCCUCCCAGAAUGGGGACAGGCAGCGCUCGAUCCCCGCAUGGAAGACGCUCGGGGUGGGUGGCACUGCUGGACUUGCAUCUUGUGUCUUGCUUCAACCCAUGGACCUGCUCAAGACACGCAUGCAGCAGGAACGAACAGUGGGCCAAGCGCCAUUAUCUGCCAUGAAACGGCUCGUGCGAGCUUACAAGUCGGUGGUUGAUACGUCAGGAUACCGUGGUCUAUGGCGUGGAACAGUACCUACUAUAGCAAGAAAUGUACCUGGAGUGGCAGCAUACUUUUAUACCUUGAAUCAAUUGCGCUGGUUCGUUGCAAAAUGGCAAAUACCCAUGUUAUCUAUCCGUGGCGCUACGAACGCAUCGCUGAGCGGUCAGACAUCGACAAUGGCGCGUCUCUCCAACACAGGUAAUAUUUUAACAGGAGCUAUAACUCGAGUGUCUAUUGGAUUAGUCCUCAAUCCUAUUUCGAUUGUUAAAGCACGCUUUGAAUCAAAUCACUUUACUCAGGACGCAUACCCUACUUUAUGGACUUCUUUUCGCACGCUGUAUAAAGAUGGUGGCUUGAAAGGGCUCUUCCGUGGAUUUUCCGCUACGGCACUGCGAGAUGCACCUUAUGCAGGCUUGUACCUUGCACUUUAUGAACAGCACAAGACAUGGCUAGGCCGUCUCUCACGGACCGGUACAGGCUCAUGGUGGGUUGUAAGCACCAGUGGGCUGUGCGCAGGAACACUGGCGACAAUCCUGACGCACCCGUUCGAUAUUCUCAAAACACGUUUGCAAACAACGCCAGCCCAUUUGUUGCACAGCACUGCCAACGGCCAAAUGAAGCUUAGUCUAUUUGCUACCGCCCGGCAUAUCCUUAGCUCAGAUGGCUGGCAAGCCUUUUGUGAUGGUCUGGGCCUGCGCUGUGCUCGAAAAGCCGCCAGCAGUAUGAUUGGCUGGUCAAUCUUCGAGAUAGGUCAUCGAUGGGUAUCUAUUACUUAG